CUACGUUUAUCGACGUAUACUUUUGGUCAGUCACUGAAACUAAAUCAUUGUAGAUUUUUGUAGAAAGAUUAUUAAUUAGUGUUUGUAGCUAAUCAAUUUUGAUUGUUAAUUGUGAUGGCUAUGAUGAAAAUCAAUCCAGCCCCAGAAGUUGUGCCGACUGACACUGGACUCUGCGGCAGAUAUAUAGAUUCGACGAUGAGUGUUCUGCAGUACAAUCCGAGGUAUGAGGAAUUAUUUGCACCAGAAGUCGGACCAGUCAACCCUUUCAAAACGGAGCAGCAACGUGCCACGAAGAAUAUUUUAUCGGGGUAUGUGGAGACGGCACAAAUCAACGAGUUUGAGUUCGAGAAUCAACGCAGGACUUUUGCGAGUUAUGGUUAUGCAGUGGAUCCAUCGAUAAACGGCAGCGCAGAGGAAGGAAGAACGAUAAUAGGAUCAACAGAUCUCGCGGAAAAAAAUGGAGUAAAGACAGUAUUCGAGCGCACAAUAUCGAGACCAGCGAACAAGAGGAAACGACACCGUAAUGACGACCCGCAGGACAUUGGGGGUUUCCUGGGACCCUGGGGUCGGUUCGUCGACGAAAAGAAGGUCGCAAAACCUACGGAAGAAGAGGCGGCAGUGCUGGCAGUGAUCUUGGCCAAGAGAAAGAGUAAAAACAAGAGAGGCAAGCAGGUGGAGGAGAAACCAUUGGAAGAAAAAACUGUUUUGCACAUCAAAGACCCGGUGGAUUAUCAAGGCCGCUCGUUCCUUCAUGCUCCUCGAGAUGUUGGUGUUAAUCUACGGUCAGAUUCACCACCGGACAAAUGUUUCCUCCCUAAAUCUCAAGUCCACACUUGGGAAGGUCACACUAAAGGAGUGUCCCAGAUAAAAUGGUUUCCCAAGACCGCUCAUCUUUUGCUGUCCUGCAGCGUGGACUGUCGCGUCAAACUCUGGGAGGUGUACAAUGACCGCAGAUGCGUACGUACUUAUUAUGGACACCGGCAAUCAGUUCGUGACAUAAGUUUUGAUAAUGACGGAAAGCGAUUUUUGUCUGCUGGAUUCGACCGUUAUGUCAAACUCUGGGACACUGAAACUGGCGCAUGCAUCAGUCGAUUUACCAACAAUAAAGUUCCCUACUGCGUGAAAUUUAAUCCAGAGCAGGAUAAGCAGCAUCUGUUUGUUGCUGGAACCAACGACAAGAAAAUCAUUUGCUGGGACACGAGAUCGGGGGAAAUUACACAGCAGUAUGAUCGUCAUUUGGGUACAGUCAAUACGAUUACAUUUGUCGACGAUAAUCGUCAAUUUAUAACGACGUCAGACGACAAAACCAUUCGUCUAUGGGAGUGGGACAUCCCAAUAGAUGUAAAAAUGAUUGCGGAUCCAGGGAUGUAUUCAAUGCCUGCGGUUGCUAUGUCUCCCAACAAAAAGUGGCUCGCCUGCCAGUCGAUGAACAAUGACAUCACUAUUUUUUCGGCAUUAGAUAGAUUCAAAAUGAACCGUAAGAAAACUUUUACCGGCCACAUGGUAGCUGGUUACGCCUGCGGACUAGACUUUUCUCCGGACAUGAGCUACUUGGUGUCAGGAGACGGCGACGGCAACUGCUAUACCUGGGACUGGAAGACCACUAAAUUGUACAAAAAGUGGAAAGCUCACGACGGAGUUUGCGUUUCUACUCUGUGGCAUCCCCACGAGCGAUCUCGCGUCGCCACCGCCGGUUCAGACGGAAAAAUAAAAUACUGGGAUUAAUUUUUUACCCUCAUUCUGUACAGAAAAAUAUUUUUCUAUCAUCAUCAUCAUAAUUUGUAAUAAUAAGACUAGCCCUCUAAUUGUUAACGAAUUAGUUAUUAAGACUAUAAAAUAUAUGUAUACUAUAUAUUUUACAUUUAUAUACGUAUUUUUAUUUAUCAGCUUCUCUACUCUAUUCUCUAUUAUGUUUUUUCGUAAUUUAUCAGAGCCCACGAAUUUUUUUUUAUCAACUAAUUAAUAAAACUAGUAAUAAAUUAAUAAAUAAAUGUAAGUAAGUCUGUAU